GGCGUCACGCGCUCCAUGGUAACGACGCUCGGCAAGAUGGCCGCCGGGCGCGAGCGGGGCGGAGGAGCGGGUCCCGUGGGCUCAGGCUCGGGCCGCGCCCGCCGGCGCCGCAGCGGAUCGCUGUGGGUUCCGGGCGUCUUGCUCCUGCUGGGCGGGUUCCCGGCCGGCGCCGCGUCCGCCUCCGUCUCCGUGGGCAGCUCGCCGCUCUGCAGGCACCACGUCCCCUCUGUCGGCGAGGUUAUAAAUAAGGUUCAUCUUAAGACAAAUCAUGUUGUAAAGAGAGGAGCUGAUGACCAUUUAAGAAUCAAGACUGUCUAUGAUAAAAGUAUUGAGGAGUUGCUUCCUGAGAAGAGGCACCUCGUGAAGAACAAGCUUUUCCCACAAGCGAUUUCCUACUUAGAGAAGACGUUCCAGGUCCGCAGGCCGGCUGGCACGAUCCUGCUCAGCAGACAGUGUGCCACAAACCAGUACCUGCGGAAGGAAAACGACCCUCACCGCUACUGCACGGGGGAGUGUGCGGCGCAGACCAAGUGUGGCCCCGUGGCGGUGCCCGAGGAGCACCUGCAGCCAUGCAGAGUGUGCCGCGGGGGGAAGUGGCCCUGCGCAGCAGUGAGUGAGCUGGGCCAGGAGGGCGUCCGGGACGCGGACUUCAUCCUUUACGUUGGUGCUUUGGCCACGGAGAGAUGCAGCCAGGAAAACAUCAUCUCUUACGCAGCCUACUGUCAGCAGGAAGCGGAGAUGGACAGGCCAAUAGCAGGAUAUGCUAACCUGUGUCCAAAUAUGAUCUCUACCCAGCCUCAGGAGUUCAUCGGGAUGCUGUCCACAGUGAAACAUGAGAUUAUCCACGCCCUGGGCUUCUCGGCUGGGCUCUUUGCAUUCUACCGUGAUAAAGAUGGGAAUCCUCUAACUUCAAGGUUUGCAGAUGGUCUUCCGCCUUUUAAUUACAGUCUUGGGUUAUAUCAGUGGAGUGAUAAAGUAGUUCGCAAAGUGGAGCGAUCAUGGAACAUCCGCGAUAAUAAGACAAUUCCUCAUCCUGUGUAUCUCCUCGUGACCCCUCGCGUUGUCGACGAAGCGCGGAAACAUUUCGGUUGUCCACUUCUGGAAGGAAUGGAGCUGGAGAAUCAAGGGGGCAUGGGCACGGAGCUCAACCACUGGGAGAAGCGGUUGCUCGAGAAUGAAGCGAUGACGGGUUCUCACACCCAGAACCGAGUCCUUUCCCGAAUCACUUUGGCACUAAUGGAGGACACCGGCUGGUACAGAGCGAACUACAGCAUGGCUGAGAAGCUCGACUGGGGCCGAGGGAUGGGCUGCGACUUUGUGAAGAAGAGCUGCAAGUUCUGGAUGGACCGGCAGAGACAGAAGGGGCAGGCGCUGAGCCCUUACUGUGACACGCUCAGGAGGAACCCACUGCAGCUGACCUGCAGGCAGGACCAGAGGGCCGUGGCCGUGUGCAAUUUGCAGAAGUUCCCUCAGCCGUUGCCGCCAGAGUACCAGUACUUUGACGAGCUCGCCGGGGUCCCCGCAGAAGACCUGCCGCACUAUGGCGGCGCGGUAGAGAUCGCGGACUACUGCCCUUUCAGCCAGGAGUUCAGCUGGCAUUUAAGCGGCGAGUAUCAGCGCAGCUCGGACUGCAGAGUCCUGGAGAAUCAGCCAGAUCUCUUGCUCUCCUCAAGGUCUGAAGGUCUGGGUGCAGGACACAGCAUAUCCGUGUAGCCGGGCCGGUCAGGUCCUGCCCGUCAGCAUUCAGAUGAACGGCUGGAUCCACGGCGGGAACCUGCUCUGCCCGUCCUGCUGGGACUUCUGCGAGCAGUGCCCUCCAGAGACGGACCCCCCGGUGGCCAACCUCACCCGGGUGCUGCCCCUCGAUCUCUGCUCCCGCUCCUCCAGCUUGGUGGCCACCCUCUGGCUGCUGCUGGGCAACCUGCUUCCUGUGCUGGCUGGAGUCCUGCUGUGCGUGUGGCACUAGGAAGGGAGGACCCCCGGCGUGUCGCACUGCUGUGGACAGAGCACACACCUGGGCGAGUGCCAGCCGUGCAGAUGACGGCAGCCAGAAUCAGACACUGGAGCAGAGCUGCACGGCAGUCACUGACCGGCCGCUGAGCCUCAGCACUCGGAGGAGGAGAAGGAAACCGUCACCGAGUUACUCCGUUUUCAGGACGUGCAGUCUCCCUGCUGUACUGCAAAAGCGGGACAUCGGUGGGAUUUUCAGAGUACUCACAUACCUCAGCUUCUCUCCUAACCUGAAAUGAUGGGAAAGCUCGUCAUUGACACUACAGAACAUGGAUGGCACCUAAUUCUUGCAAGAUUAUAAUCUCUGAGGUAGGUAUGCUGGUGCAUACCUGUGAUCCUAGCACUCGGGAGGCUGAGGCAGGAGGAUCACCUCAAGUUGAGGACCAG